UCUUCAAUUUCCCCCUUUUUCUCUUUCUCUCUCUCUCUCUCUAGGUUUUCGUUUUCCAUUCUUUUCUUCUCCUCUCUCUCUCCCCGCAGUCAUGAGUAAUCCAGAAAAAGACAGCUUCGAUACUUCCGAGUUGGACGCAUCUCUUCCCGCCACCGCCGCCGCUUUGAGCGCCGAGGAUCGCGCGGGCUUAGUAAAUGCCCUUAAGAAUAAGCUGCACGAUUUGGCUGAGCAGCACGUUGACGUGAUGGAGUCGUUGCCGCCUAGAGUGCGCUCACGCGUCGAGGCGCUGAAGAGCAUUCAGAGCCAACAUGAUGAGCUAGAGGCGAAGUUUAUCGAGGAGAGAACAGCACUUGAAGCUAAAUACCAGACACUUUAUCAGCCGUUCUAUACGAAACGAUUUGAGAUUGUGAAUGGUGUUGCGGAGGUUGAAGGAGUGGCUGCUGAAUCCGAAGUUAAAGGUGUCCCAGACUUCUGGCUGAUAGCAAUGAAAUCUAAUGAGAUAUUGGGGGAGGAGAUAACAGAACGGGAUGAAGAGGCUCUAAAAUAUCUUAAGGAUAUUAAGUGGUCUAGGCUUGAAGAUCCCAAAGGCUUCAAGCUUGAGUUCUUCUUUGAUACCAAUCCCUUUUUCAAGAAUUCUGUUCUCACGAAAACAUACCAUAUGAUUGAAGAGGAUGAGCCUAUACUAGAGAAGGCAAUAGGGACAGUGAUUGAGUGGUAUCCUGGCAAAGGCUUGACUCAAAAAGUUUUGAAGAAAAAGCCAAAGAAGGGGGCAAAAAAUGCGAAGCCAAUUAUUAAGACUGAAAAGUGUGAAAGCUUUUUCAACUUCUUCAGUCCACCAGAGGUGCCAGAUGAAGACGAUGAUAUAGAUGAUGAUAAGGCUGAAGAACUCCAAAAUCUGAUGGAGCAAGACUAUGACAUUGGCUCCACGAUUCGUGAUAAAAUCAUCCCUCAUGCUGUUUCCUGGUUUACUGGGGAGGCUGCGGAAGGUGAGGAACUCGAAUUAUCAGAUGAGGAAGAUGAGGACGAUGAUGAUGAAGAAGAUGACGAAGAUGAAGAGGAAGACGAAGAUGAAGAUGAGGACGAUGAAGAGGAAAAAGUGGAAGUGAAGAGCAGGAAGAAGAAAGGAAGCCGAGCACCUGCUGGGGAAGGUCAACCAGGCGAACGCCCUCCAGAAUGCAAGCAACAAUAGAAUGGCUGAGAACAUCAAAAUGACCAUGAAACUGAUAUCUGCUCUCUUUGCAACCGUCUCCAUCAAUUUCAAGUUUUCGACUCAUUUGCUUGCCUCUUUCUGUUUUUGUGGCCUUGGUAUUGCUUAGUUAGGUGAAAUCAUUCAGUUUUCAGUUGUUACUUGAGGAUGUAUCUAUAUGGUUUUUGCUCAUCUUCUGUAAUACACUGGCCAACGGUAUUUGCCGAAGGUUUAUUUAUUUAUAUACCAGUGGACUUUGCUUUCAUCA